AUGAGCCUUGCAGUACACGAGCUCCUGCUCUGCUGCCGACAAUUGGAGACAGACAAGGCCACAGAAAGACGCAAAGAAAUUGAUAAGUUCAAACGUUUGCUACGUGAUAAGGAGACAGUCCAGCAGUUGGAUCGUAACUCUGACAAUCGGCACAAUAAACAGCUUAACUGGGAUACUGUGUUCAGGUUCCUACAAAAAUACAUCUACAAGGAAAUUGAAAGCCUUAAGUCUGCUAAAACAAAUGUCUCCCAAUCCACACAAGCUGCUCGACAGAAGAAAAUGCAGGAUAUUGGAAGCCUUGUUAAAUAUUUCAUCCGCUGUGCAAAUAAAAGAGCCCCACGGUUAAAAUGUACAGAGCUUCUACUCCAUGUGAGCAACACUGUAAAAGACCCCACAACAUGUGCUGCUUACGGUUCUGAUUACAGCAGUAUCCUCUUAAAAGAUAUCCUAACUGUGCGCAAGUACUGGUGUGAGAUAACUUCAAAGCAGUGGGAAGAUUUAUUACACAUUUUUUGCAACCUGUACUUGAAACCAAACAGUGCGGUAAACAGAUUGCUGGUGGCUCGCAUUAUCCACACGCUCACCAGGGGAUGCUGUUUGCAGGUUGAGGGCCUCCACUGCAAAUUCUUUUGUUUCUUUUCCACGGUGAUGACCAAAGUCAGAGAAGAGAGGAACCUUCCUGGGCUGGAUCAGAUCCUCGCGGCACUUAAUGUGUUCCUCUCCACCACAUCGGUAAACUGCCGCAUGCGAGUGUGUAAGUUAGGAGAAGAGAUCUUCCCUACGGUACUGAGGUUGUGGAUCCAGCAUAGACCUAAAGAUACUCUGAAAGAUGAAAUUGUGGAGUUCUUCCGACUAAUGCUGCACAUUCAUCAUCCAAAAGGAGCCAAGACUACAGAAGAGGGUGCAUAUGCGUUUGAAAUCGAGAAGUGGCAGAGAAAUUUGUACAAUCUGUAUGAUGCCAUGGCGAAUGAAAUCAGUCAGAUUGGCAGCAGAGGGAAAUACUCUUCAGGAUCUCGGAACGUUGCAGUCAAAGAGAACUUGGUGGAAUUGACGGCAGGCAUUUGUCAUCAGCUCUUCACAGAAAACACUCGAAUUUUAGAAAUCACUCAGGCUGCUUUUGCUGUGACCCAGAGGGAUCCAUCUGCAAGUAUGGUCCCAAACAAGCGUCGAAGGAUAGAAUUGGGCUGGGAGGUGGUCCGUGAUAAACUUCAAAGAUCACACAAAGAUUUUGAUGUGAUUCCAUGGUUACAGAUUGUAGCUUGUUUAAUAGCACGCCACCCAAACAGCCUUCCGAGUAGUGAGCUGAUACCACUAUUAACCAUUCUCCACCAGCUGCUCGCCCAGCAGAGAGGAGGGGAGCGUGCAACUUUUGUACUGAGGUGUCUGAAGGAAGUAGCAGUUUGCCAGAUGCAGAAAAAUGAUGUGAUUGUGGCCCCAAAGUCUGAUUUUCACAAACUCUGGACUAAAAUCUGGGCUGUGACUAUGCGCAGCUUGGCUGUGACGGAGCCUGAAAGCUUUGCAUUGAUAGGCGUCGUAUUACAAGGUGGGCUGGUAUCUGCAGACAGAGACUUCUGGAAAAUCUUCUCGGGAUCUGCCGGAAAACCCUCCAGCUCUGCAGUGUACUGCUUGAGUGUGGCCCUGUCUCUACCUUCCUGUGCUGUCCCAGAUCACCUCACUUCAGGUCUUGAGCAGCAUAUCCAUGAGCUCAGCGGGGUUAAAAGACUGCUUAAAGAAGAGAUCAUUACAUGGUUACUCUUUGGCAGCCAGGACGGUGAAAUUGCUGAUGCCAGUGAUCAUGCCCCUUGUAUCAAUGAGUACUUCGACCACCCUCCCUUCCAUAGAGCUCUUGUGAGCCUUACAAUGAAGGAUUCCAGUGCUGCUAUGUCAUAUUUUGGGAAUCCAGUAGAGUGCUUGCAUCAUAAAAAAGGAAAAGACAGCAGAUUCUCAGAAACUGAAGAGCUGUACCUUCUAUCCUCAUUUAAUGAAGUGGUUACAAUUUCCAAUGCUGCUGCCGUGGUGACCACUGGGCAGGCCAGCUCCACGUGUCUAACUGUAAAUCAUUGUCUAAAACAGAAAUUAGAAUGUGAUCUGCUCUCUUUAUCCGAGCAGCUACUCAACAGCUACUCCCCAGAGACCACUCCACCCGAUAGUCUAGUCCAGUGCGCCAGCCUCUUGAUUGGGGUGUUGGCUUGUUAUUGCCAUGCUGCGGUCAUUAAUGAAGAGGAAGCCUGUAAAUCUACUUUGUUCCAAAAAGCCAAGAAAUACUUCGCUGACUGCAGGGAGUGCAUGUCCAUCCAUGACAUCACAACCAUUUUGAUGCAGUAUGCUGGGGAGACCACAUCAUUAUUAAAGGGAAAGUUAAAUGAGGAAGCUAAAAUUGUCUCAUUAGGGAUGAUUAUAUCCCAUUGUCUGAGCUGCGUGUGUAACUGUAAAAAGUCUCAUCCAACUCAUUUUUUUAUGGAUUUAUUCCUACGUCUUUUAACAUCAAGAAUGUUAAGUGACUUAUGUGAUAUUUCUAGGAAUUUGAUAAUGAGCAGUGGCAGUACGGUGGAAGCCAUGGAGGUUGAUUUUAUGGAUGGUGACAUAGAAGCAAAGAUGGAUGUAGAUAACCAAGGUGCUGUAGAUCUUAUUGAUGACCAUUCUCCUGCUGAAGCUACAGAAAAUGCAGACUAUGGAGAAUUGCAAAAUGUAACUGGUGCAGUAAGCCCUUUGUCAGAGGAUCACCUCAGCAAACCAGAGAUGGUGCUGAUGCAGGCCCUGCAGUUCCUGUGUUUUUGUGCAUCCGCUGCUGUCAACCAUUCUGUGAAUUUCAGACCUUCUGAUAUACGAAGAAAACUCCUCAACCUCAUUGAUAACUCACUGGACACCAGCAAACCUCUUCAUCUUCGUGUGUACUUACAGCUGCUAAAUGACCUGCCUAUGAAGGAUGUUCCUCUGCCCAUGGACGAUAUUAACAUGCUACUGAAGCCUAUUUCUGAUGUUUGCUCCUCCUACCGGCGAGACCAGGAAGUGUGUGCAGCCAUUUUAAAAAGCCUUCUCCCAGUUGUACUGUGUCUUGGGCAGGACCAGGAGGGAACAGAGGAGACGUUUGAUGCUGAGGGACAGUUGCUAAGUGUCAUACAAGGCUUUUGGCAUCUGACUAAGGAAGGAAAACACACAGUACUGGUACGACUGGCCCUUGUGGACUGUAUGAGAACAUUAAUUGAGGUUGAUCCCCAGUGUAAGUGGGCUUUUCUAAAUGUAGACAAGACAGAUAUUUCUGUACGAGAUGCCUUUCCUCAAUUCCUUGCAGAUGCACAACAUCAGGUUCGCCUGCUCGCUGCGCAGUCUACAAACAGACUGUUUCAAGACACAAAAUCUCAAGCUCUUCCCCUGAAGUUGCAGAAGAUGGCGUUUGAAAAUGUUUACAUGAAGGUCCAAGAAGGCAUGAGCUACUUGUCCCGUGGUAAUCAGGAUCCAGAGGAGCUCCCGGAUGAGAAGUAUAAUAGGAACUCUACAUUGCUAAUGCUGGUGUCCGUGAUUCUCCUGUCCAGCCCUGUGUGUGAGAAGCAGGCGCUCUUCGCCAUUUGUCAGUCUGUGAAAGAGAAUGGCCUUGAUCCUACACUUGUCAGAAAGGUUUUGGAAAAAGUGUCCUCCACUCUGGGAUACAGAAGUGUGAAAGACUUCAUGACCUCCCAUUUAGAUUACUUGAUUCUCGAGUGGCUGAGAAUGAACGUUACUGGCUACAACUUGUCCACAUUUCCUUACACCUUGUUACAGAAUGCAACACUGAAAGAUUUCUAUAGGUCAUGCUACAAAGUGCUGAUUCCACAUUUGGUCAUUCAGAGUGACUUUAAAGAAGUGAAUUCCAUCGCUCAGUGCAUUGAAGAGGACUGGAAGGUCCUGUUGGCUGCUUGUUUUCCCAGAAUUUUGGUGAAUAUUCUGCCAUACUUUGUAUCUGAAUGCUCUGGAGACACUGAUAUGAUAAAGAAGAGGGAAAUCGCAUACAAAGUCUAUGACUUGCUUCAAGAUGAGAACUGUCUCGGUAAACAGCACAUUGAUAACCUGUUCCUCCGGAAUCUGCCAGAUAUAGUAGUUGAGCUCCUGAUGACCCUACAUAAAUCCCCUAGUGGUACAAUGAAGGAUGAUCCAGAUGGUCCUCAGUUUUAUGGGGAACUGGAUCCACCUCCAAACCCCCCUUAUUUCUCCUCCUAUGUAAUUAAAGCCACCUUGGAUUAUAUCAGCAGUUGCCAUAACAGUAAACUGAAAAGUAUUGUGACAAUUCUCUCAAAGACUCCGGAUUCCUUCCAGAAGAUUUUACUGUCAAUAUGCAAGCAAGCUGCAGAAAGCAGCAAUGUCUACAAGAAACAUAGAAUCCUCACCAUUUAUCAUCUGUUUGUUAACCUGCUUCUGGCAGAAAUUAAGGAUGGCUUAGGUGGAGCUUGGGCAUUUGUCCUCAGAGAUGUCAUUUACACCUUGAUCCAUUAUAUAAACAGCAGAACGGUUGGUCCCAUGGAUGAUGUAUCAACUCGCACUUUCAUGCUGUGUCUUGAUCUUUUGCAUCGGGUUUGCCGGGCAGCCAUUACCAACUGCAAGGAUGCCCUAGACAGUCACCUGCAUGUCAUAGUGGGCAGUCUCAUCCCUUUGGCAAACAGCUGUGCCAAAAUACAAGAGCAGGUGUGCGACUUGCUAACUUUCUUGGUAAUCGAAAGCCAAAAUAAUGAAAACCUCUACCACACCAUUAAACUCCUGGAUCCCUUUCCUGACCACCCUCUAUUUAAGGACCUGCGCCAGUCCCACCAAAAGAUCAAGUACAGCCAAGGGCCAUUCUCUCUUCUACAGGAAAUAAACCAUUUUCUGUCUGUGGGUGUCUAUAAUUCACUCCCUUUAACCAGACUGCAAGGAUUGAACGACUUAAGGAAACAACUGCACAAAGAUGAAAUGAAAGGCCUUGUCCUUGAUUUCCAAGGAAAUCCUCAGGACAGUGUCACUGCAAAGCUGGUUCUUAGCCUUUUACAGUUGUCAAAGAAUGCUGUGCACCUGGACAAUGGGAAAGAUUUGUUGGAAGCUGCAGGGAGCUGUCUAGGAGAGCUGGGACCUGUUGAGUUUUGCACUAUUGCCCUGCAGCCCCAGAAAGAGCUACUUUAUGGCAGAACUGCUGAUGUGUUUGAAGACAAAGAGCUGCAGUGUGUACUUGUCAUUCUGAAAUUAAUAAACAACGCCUUGACGGAUCACUGCAUCAAUGUACGAUCAGCAGCUGCUACAUGUCUAAAAAAUAUCUUGGCCACGAAAACUGGCAGUCAGUUUUGGGACAUGUACAAAGAAAGUGGAGACCCUAUGCUGGUUUAUCUGCAGCCAUUUCGCUCCCCAAAGAAAAAGUUUUUAGAUGUGGAGAAUACCCAUGUGGGAGACACUACAAUGGAUAUAUUGGAUGACCACAGUUUAUGGAUCCCGCAAAAUGUCAGCCACGAAGACUGGAUAAAGAACUUGACUUGCACCCUGCUAGAGUCUGGUGGAAUUAGAAGUGAAAUCUUUUUGUUACUGAAACCAAUGUGUGAGGUGAAACCGGAUUUUUGCCAGGCUGUGUUGCCUUAUUUUAUACAUAAUAUUCUGCAAGAUUCAAGAAAUAAGUGGAGGAUACUCCUUUCCAAGCAAAUCCAGGGAUUUUUCACGUCUUGCUGUCGCUCUGUGCCAGCUUCUAGCAGAGCAGCAACUCCAGCAAGUUCGGACUCAGAAUCUGAUGGUCUGGCUCGUGGGACAGUGGACAUCGCCUCAAGAAGGACAAUGCUUAGUGUUGUGGAGUAUCUGAGAAAACAGAGACGACCGGGGGAGGGUACAGCUUUUGAUGACAAUUUCUGGUUGGAUCUAAAUUACCUUGAGGUGGCUAUGGCGGUACAGUCCUGCUCGGCCCAUUUCACAGCUUUGUUGUAUGCUGAAAUUUAUGCUGACAAGAUCAAGCUGGAUGGGGAGCAAAGAAGGUAAUCUUUGAAAUUUGAAGAGGAGAGUCAGACUCUGACCAUUGUCAGCAUGAGUGAGAGAAGCAAGGAGGAGACUGGGAUCAGUUUGCAGGACCUCCUGAUGGACAUUUACAGGAGCAUUGGGGAACCAGACAGUUUAUAUGGAUGUGGUGGAGGGAAAAUGCUACACCCACUUGCCAGAAUUCGAACAUAUGAACAUGAAGCCAUGUGGGGAAAAGCCCUGGUAACUUAUGACCUGGAAACCAGUCUUCCCUCUGCUACUCGCCAGGCUGGGAUCAUGCAGGCUUUACAAAACUUUGGUUUGAGUCACAUGUUGUCCACCUACCUGCGGGGCCUUGAGCAUGAGAAUGCAGACUGGUCUUUUGAGCUCCAGGAGAUCCGUUUCCAGGCAUCGUGGAGGAACAUGCAGUGGGACCAGAGCCCAUCCUACAAAGGUGACGUACCUGGUCCAGGCUUUCAUGAAUCUCUUUACCGUGCUGUACAGUCUCUGAGGGACAAAGAAUUCUCCACAUUUCAUGACCAUAUUAAGUAUGCCAGGGUUAAGGAAGUGGAAGAUCUUUGCAAAGGCAGCCUGGAGUCUGUGUACUCUCUGUAUCCCACACUGUGUAGGCUCCAAGCUAUUGGAGAACUAGAGAAUGCUGGUCAGAUGUUUUCCAGAUCCGUUACUGAGUGUCAGUUAAAUGACAUGUACACAAAGUGGGAGCAGCAGUCCCAGAUCCUUAAAGACAGUGACUUUGGCUUCCAGGAGCCUGUCUUGGCUCUGCGUUCUGUCAUCCUGGAGACAAUGCUGGAGAUAAAUGGCCCUAAUCAGAACAACCUCAAACAUAUCCUUACAAGGCACCUGGUGGACUUAUCUCGAGUUGCCAGGACUGCCUGCAACACACAGCUCCCAGAAAAGGCAAUGUUCCAGAUUAAGCAACACAACACAACACAGUUCAUAGUGUCUGAAUGGCAGCUAGAAGAGGCUCAAGUGUUUUGGGCUAAAAAGGAGCAGGGUCUGGCUUUAGGGAUUCUGAGUCAAAUGGUAGACAAGCUGGAAUCAAACAGUUUGGAGAAUGACCAAAGUCUUCAGCUGAUUUACGUGGAGUGCCUGAGGUUAAGUGGAAAUUGGCUUUCUGAAACAUGUCUGGCAAGUCCUACAGUUAUUAUGCAGAACUAUCUAGAAAAGGCUGUGGAAGUUGCAAAUGAUUUCAGCAGUGGAAGCAGUGGCGAGCUGCAGAAGGUACAGAUGAAGGCCUUCCUUUCACUGGCUCGUUUUUCGGAUACCCAAUAUCAGAGAAUUGAUAAUUAUAUGAAGUCAUCAGAGUUUGAAAACAAGCAGGCAUUGCUUGCAAAGGCCAAGCAAGAGGUAGAACUAAUGCGACAACACAAGGUUCAGACUAACAGGUAUACUGUGAAGGUACAACGAGAGCUGGAGCUGGAUGAAAGUGAAAUUGCAGCUCUGAAAGAAGACCGGAUGCGUUUUCUGUGUACAGCUAUAAAGAACUACAUUAACUGCCUGGUGUCCGGAGAGGAACACGACAUGUGGAUCUUCCGUCUCUGCUCCCUCUGGCUAGAGAAUUCCCGGGUGCCUGAAGUUAACAAGAUCAUGAAGGCAGAGUCGCAAAAGAUUCCCUCCCACAAGUUCCUCCCUCUCAUGUACCAGCUGGCUGCUCGUAUGGGGACCAAGAACAUGGGGAGACAGGAGUUUCACGGAGUUCUCAACAGUCUGAUCAGCAGAACCUCUUUGGAUCACCCAUACCAUACACUCUUCAUUAUCUUGGCUCUGGCAAAUGCCAAUAAAGAUGACCUGGUAAUGAAAUCGGAGACCAUAAAAAGGGGCCGCCUUACAAAGAAUGCUCCAAAGAAGAUAUCUCAGACUGAUGAGGAUCGGAUGGAGGCUGCACGCAGUAUUGUGAAUACAAUAAAGAAGCACAAAACAAACAUGGUGCGUGAUGUGGAGAGGCUGUGUGAUGCGUACAUAAUUAUGGCCAACAUGGAUGCCAGCCAGUGGAAAAAUCAGCGCAAAGCCAUCCCCAUACCAUCAGAUCAGCCUAUCACUAAACUGGACAGCUUACAAGAUGUUGUUAUUCCAACUAUGGAACUGAAGGUUGAUCCCAGUGGGAAGUAUGAGAACUUGGUGACAAUUCAAUCGUUCAAGCCUGAGUUCCGCCUGGCUGGAGGUCUGAAUCUGCCGAAAAUAAUAGACUGUGUGGGCUCAGACGGGAGAGAGAGGAGACAGCUUGUCAAGGGUCGGGAUGAUUUGAGACAAGACGCAGUGAUGCAGCAGGUGUUCCAGAUGUGUAAUGCAUUGUUACAGAAGAACAGUGAGACCAGGAAGAGGAAGCUGACUAUCCGCAGAUACAAGGUGGUGCCUCUGUCUCAGAGAAGUGGUGUUCUGGAGUGGUGCUCUGGGACAGUUCCUAUUGGUGAAUACCUAGUCAAUUCCGAUGAUGGCUCUCACAAACGGUACCGGCCAACAGAUUACAGUAGCUUGCAAUGCCAGAAGAGAAUGAUGGAUGUUCAAAGAGGACGGUUUGAAGAUAAGUACCAAGUAUUCCUCGACAUCUGUGAUCAUUUCCACCCAGUGUUCCGCUACUUCUGUAUGGAGAAGUUCAUAGAUCCAGUAGUUUGGUUUGAGAAGCGUUUGGCUUAUACACGUAGUGUUGCUACAUCAUCCAUUGUUGGUUACAUUGUUGGGCUUGGAGACAGACAUGUACAGAACAUCCUAAUAGAUGAAGAGACAGCAGAACUUGUACACAUAGACCUUGGUGUUGCCUUUGAACAGGGCAAAAUCCUCCCCACCCCAGAGACUGUACCUUUUCGCCUAACGCGAGAUAUUGUGGAUGGGAUGGGUAUCACUGGAGUGGAGGGAGUUUUCAGAAGAUGCUGUGAGAAGACCAUGGAGGUGAUGAGAAGAUCUCAAGAUGCUCUGCUGACCAUUGUUGAGGUGCUGCUUUAUGACCCUCUAUUUGACUGGACAAUGAAUCCUCUGAAAGCUCUUUACUUGCAGCAGGAUGAAGCUGAACUCAAUGCUACACUUGCAGAGGACCCAGAAUGCAACAGGAACACCUGCAGUGACUCGCAGAGCUUCAAUAAAGUGGCAGAACGAGUCCUCCUCCGACUCCAGGAGAAACUAAAGGGGGUAGAAGAGGGGACAGUGCUGAAUGUGGAAGGACAAGUGAAUCUUCUCCUCCAGCAAGCCAUGGAUCCAAAGAACCUGAGUCGACUCUUCCCUGGCUGGAAGGCCUGGGUGUAAUGUUUGGACUAAUCUCCUUUAUCUG